CAAGGCCGGGAGCCCGCGGCCGGGGCUUGGCCUGAGAGCGCAGCCGGGAGGGGACGGACGCCGCGAGCCGGAGCAGAAGGAGGAGGAGGAGCAGGAGGAGCGCCCCGGGGGAGCAGUGCUCCCAGGCAGCUCCAGGUAGCGGAGGACCUGACACUUCUUGGAAACUCUUGGAAAUGGCUCCCGCCACAUCGCCGGAGGGGUCUGCGCGUCCCUGGCGGGCGAUCGCCGCAAGUGGGAUGCUGAGCUGCGCUAGCGCCCAGGGCCCCGAGGCGCUGUCCCUGCGCUCCGCCGUCAGCUCGGGCUGAAAAGUUUCUCCAUGGUUCCUUUGUGUCACCCGAGCGCCUGGUCGCCGUCCCCAAGCUGCCCCAGUCUCCCAGGGAGGAGGUGACCUAGCAGCUGGGGUGUCCCCUCCUGGUUCCAGCUUCCACCACAGCCCCCCUUCCCCCAGCGACUAGCGCGCACAGCACUCCACCGGUUCGCCAUGAUCGCCACUGGGGGCCUACUGAGGAUUUCCGCCAGAAAGCAGGAUCCCCUCAGGCCAUCCAGCCAGGUUCCUAAGCGCAAGCGGAAGGCCAAGAAGAGGCGCAAGAACGACGUGGUGGUGGUGAAAGGCAAGCUGAAGUUGUGCUCCAUCUCUGGGUUCGUCGCCCUCUGCGGGAUUCUGGUGCUGCUGGUGGGCAUCGCCAUGGCGGUGGUGGGCUACUGGCCCAAGGCCAACACGGCCAACAAGGAGGGGCCCAAACAGCUGCUGGCCCCGAGCAGUGGCCACCGCGUCGCGACCACCACCAACAGCAGCACCCAAGUCAGCCGGAACCCGUCCAGGGUCCACUUGGCGUCCCCAGGGGGUGUCAACUCCAGCUCCGUGGGCGGCGUGCCUCUGGGGCCCCCUCCGGCGCAGUCUGCAGCCGCGUCGUCCUCGCCCUCGCCCGCCUCGGUGGGCUUCUUUUUCCGCGUCUUCUCGGGCUACCUGCACUCAGACAAGCUCAAGGUCUUCGGACCCCUCAUCAUGGGCAUCGGGAUCUUCCUCUUUAUCUGCGCCAACGCGGUGCUCCACGAGAACCGGGACAAGAAGACCAAGAUCAUCAACCUGCGGGACCUCUACUCCACCGUGAUCGACGUGCACAGCCUCCGAGCCAAAGACCUGGCGGCGGCGGCCGCGGCGGCGGCCGCGGCGGCAGCGGCUACAUCGUCAUCCCCGUCGGCCGCACCGCCGCCGGCCUCGGCGCCCCCCGGGGCGACGCCACUCAACGGCUUCCUGAGCGGCUACGUGCAGUCGCGGGGACUGGAACUGAAACCCGGCGGCUGUUCGGCUCCCGGGGACGCCUUCGGGGCAGCGGCGGCGGCGGCGGCGUUCUUGGCCAGGGGUUCCUGGCCCCAUCCGGUGGUGGCGCUGGGCGCGGGUGGCGCGGGACGCCGGGGCACCUCCGCGUCCCCUCCAGACUUGGCCUCGUCUCCGCGCUGCCCGCGGGAGCCCCCGAGCCUGGCCGAAGCGGUGUACAGCAUCUACCGCGAGCGCGAGGCUGGCCGUCGUCGUCACCGGGCCACGGCCACCACCGCCGUCACCAGUGGCGGCAGCAGCCCCGGGCCCUGCAGCCCGGCCGAGAGCUGGGGACGUCAAAGCACUGCCAGUUCCCUCGUGGGCUCCUCCUCGCUGAGCGCCUUUGCGCUGCUGCCUUUGCCCGGGGACCACGACGGGGACCGUGAUCCGGAGGGCGCGAGCUGCAGUUGGCACAGGCCAGUUGGUAGACGCGGUUCCAGGGACAUCUUCCCCUCCAGGGUACAGCUCGACCUGAGCUUGACCGACCUUCGCGGGCACGAGGGUGGCGCGCGCUGGCAGCCCCGAGACGUGGAAGCGGAGGAACCCGAGGAAGGCGCAGCGGCGACACGCACGCGCGCAGCAAGGGGCCAGGGUGGCAGACUGCCCAGGACCGGCAGGUACGCCACCUGGCGACGUCGCAGCACCAGCGUGCUCCCGGACUAUCGAGCCCCACUGUCACCGGAGCCCCCGCCCUCCAGCCCGCCGGACGUGGUCGCCACCUCCUCCUCCUCCUCGUCGUCCUUUCCAUCAUCCUCCCCACCCGGACAGGAGGACUCGUCCCACGCUCGACGGGACUCGCGGAGCUCGCCAUCGCCAUCGGAUGAGCCAUCCAUCAGCAAUAAGGGCUACACCCCUCUGCGGGAGGCGGGCACUUCGGUGGAGUCUGUCCUGGACCUGGACACUGUAGCCAGUCAAAGACAAGACUGUGCGGAUAUCACCGCAUCAGCCCAGGAGCAGAGCUCCCCGGACAGGCUCAGCCCAGAGCCAGCUGGGACCCAGCAGUUACCACUAGGGCAAAGGCAGUUUACAAACAAGGAGAAACUCUUCAUGAUUUCCCGGUCUCAUGCCACUGGGGGAGAAGAGGGGGGACUGGAAAACGCUGGCACACAGGGAGAGGAGAGCCAGGAAAGGAGAGAAUAGAUGGGAGAGAUUCCCAUUGGAAUCAGUGCAUUAACGCCCCCCCUCCCCGCCUCCACGCCUCCUCACCCAAUUCCCAUGUGGACUGAUCCAAGGUGAAACCAUUCAAUAUCCAAAGAGCUGCAGAAUGUUAUCCUUGAAUUGCGUUUUUCGUUCCCAAGAUUCCUGUAGAUAACUUCAAACAUUUUUUUUUCUUUAAAGAAAGCAAACUAGUCUUUUUUUUAAUGUCCGAUGGUGAUUGUAUGUUCCAUGGAAACCAAAUGUAUUAAAAGGUCAGCAAUCUAGCUCUCUUAAUUUUCAUAGGAUCAAAAAUAAUAUAUUUUUGACAGUAUCUGUGCACUUUACUCUCUCCCUUCCUCUCUCUCUCUCGGAUUUCUUGCCACUGUACUCUGCUGCUGGCUUUGUCCAUAGCUGCUUGUGAAUGAAUGACAAGCUUUUCUUGUUUUAUCUCCCUCCCUUUGCGGAGCCUGGGAGAGUUUGUCCCAGUUCUCUAAGAACCGAUCAUUCUAGGUGAAACGUGAAAGCUCUAGUCAUUCAGCAAAGAGUGCUUUUCCUUGCUCCAACCCACUCUGCUCAUACAGCUGUGCAAGGGACUCUCUAUUUUUUUAAAAGGACGUUUGCAUUUUGUUACCAGGGUGUGUUGAGACUGGAGGGCGCCAGGAACUAGACGAAUUGUUAAAAGCCUAAGCUCACCAUAUCGAGUAACACUAUGCUUCACUGAGUAUUAUCACUCCUGUAUGGAAAAUAGCAUUAAUAUUUAAAAUAUUUUUUAAUAAAAGAAGUUUCCAAACAAAUAGUAACAUAGCAUUGCCUCAUUUUGCCUGGGAACUAAUAUUUGUAGAGCAGCAUAAACUGCAGUUUAUCUGGUAAAUCCAAAAUACAUUGCCAUGACUCUGCUACUCUAUAUUAUUUCCCCUCAAAGUAUCAGUACUUUUUUUGAGAUAGGUUCUCGCUGUAGUGCUCUAUAUU